CUCCCUUGAACAGUGUGCUCUUGCUCCCUUUGGUUGGGUCGGUGUCACUGGAGUGCCAGCUUCAGUUUUCUCCAUGGACUGGACUAUUUGUACCACGGUCUUACUGACAGUGUUUGUAGCUGUCAAGAGUUUCAACGUUGACCCAGUUGGCUGGCGCAUCCUGGGUCAUUCGGCAGCUGGUUUCGGAUACCAAGUGGUGCAGAGACGUACCGACUUACUGAUAAGUGCUCCGCUUGAACAGUAUUCACGAACUGGACGGGGGGAAAUAUUCCGGUGUAGUACUACCUCAUGCAAAGGCAUUAAAAUAUCCGUGCCACAGUUUGCCGUCAACAUGUCUCUGGGUUUGACGAUGGUGGCUAAUCCCAGCACAGGAGACACUUUGGCUUGUGGUCCCACUAUCCCAAAAGACUGUCGAAGCAUCACCAUGUACACCGGUGCCUGUCUUCAGAUUAGCUCAUCAGAUGUCCUAGGACCUUUCGUUCCACCUUCAAACGCUGAGUGUCAGACGGGGGCUGACAUUGCAUUUCUCUUAGACGGUUCUGGGAGUGUGUACUCAACAGAUUUCUCUAAAAUGAAGGUCUUUGUGAAAAAUCUGGUGAAAUCAUUCCUUGGAACAGAUACCAAGUUUUCCAUCACAGAGUUUGCCACUGAUCCAAAAGUUUCUCAAUACUUCAACUCUUUUGAUAUCAGAAAUUGGGAGCAUCAGAUAAAUGCUGUCCAGCAAAGUUAUGGCUGGACGUACACCGCCAAGGCGAUCAAACACAUUGUGAAUUACGUUUUUACACCGAGUCGAGGAUCCAGGCCGAAUGUGAAGAAGAUUUUAAUCGUAAUUACAGAUGGAGCAUCUACUGACCCUGCAGAAUUGCCAGGUGCAGCAGCUUCAGCAAAGGCUAAAGGCAUUGUUCCAUUUGCAAUCGGGGUUGGCUCAGCGUUUAGGGACUCCAAUGCAUAUGCAGAACUGGUUACUAUAGCUUCAUCGCCCAAAAACGUCUUCCAAGUGGAGAACUUCAGCGCCCUGGACAGAAUACGUCAGACCUUACAGGAGAAAAUAUUUUCCAUCGAAGGGUCACAAACAGGCGGGGCGUCGCUUAAAAUGGAGAUGGCACAACAUGGAUUCAGCGCGGCCUACGUCACAGGAGGGAUGCUGAUGUCUGUUGUUGGUGCGAACCAGUGGAGGGGAGGCUUCCUGGAUUAUGCCUCCAGUGGGAGCAAAAGGACCUCCUACCUGCCCCUGAACAUGCUGGCUGACAGCUACUUGGGUUACUCCAUGGCAGUUGCCCAGACCCCGAAUGGCCAAGUAACAGUUGUUGGAGCGCCCAGAUACGAUCACAGAGGAAUUGUAGUAGCUAUUCGACAGGGCAGCGACCAAAUUAUUGAUCCUUAUAAGUGGGAGUACAUGAUCGGGGGAUAUUUCGGGGCAGUGGUUUGUGCCAUGAUGGUGGAUGGUGAUUCCUUCACUGAUCUCAUCCUAAUAUCUGCCCCGAUGUUCAUGGAGAACAAUCGCGAGGGGAAGGUGUAUGUGUGCAGAAUGAAUGUUCUGACUGUAGAGUGCGCCUUCGAUUCUCCACUGGUGCUGAGAGGAGUGGAGGGUCACAUUGGACGGUUUGGUGCUUCUCUGGCCGCCUUGCCUGACCUGAACGGAGACGGAUUCAAUGACUUGGCAGUUGGUGCUCCGUUAGAAAAUGACGGUCAAGGAAGCGUUUACAUUUUCCAGGGUGCAGGACAGGGAACAAUUGAUCCAUCCUUUUCACAGAGGAUACAAGCUUCGGAGGUGAACUCAGCACUCAGGUUCUUUGGCAUGUCAAUCGGCCAGUCCUCCAAUGACCUCAGCAUGGACGGACUUCCUGACCUGGCAGUGGGGUCGAAAGGAAAGGUGGUGAUUCUCAGGUCCAGGCCGAUCAUGAUGGUGGAAGCUUUGGUUUCCUUUGAACCUGACCAGAUCCCGACUCAGAACGUCGACUGCGCGGCACCACUGACCAAUGAGGCGACCGUCUGCUUCAUUAUGAGAACCCAACACACAACCUUCGCAACAGCUGCAGCAAUGAUCAAUUACACUUUGAAACUGGAUGCCACGCGCAGGGUCCCAAGCAACAGAGCCUACAUCAAAGACCAAAAUCGAGAACAUUCUGGAUCCAUCAGGCUUGACUUGAUGCAGCAGAAAUGUGAGAAAGUGAAGUUCUUUAUUGAGCCAUGCGCAGAAGAUGUUCUCAAUGCCAUCAACAACGAGCUUAAAUUCACCUUUGAUGCAUUUCCGUCCGCCCAGAAUCUGAAGCCAAGCCUUGCUCAGCAAGCUCAGACGACCACAUUUCAUCCGCUGGACUUUGAGAUCAAUUGCGGCCAGGACAACAACUGUGUCGACAACCUGAUUGUGGCUUUCAACUUCACAAGCUCUUCAGCAGUCAAAGUGGGAAUUGACGAGCUGGUGGACAUCACUGUGUCCGUUGAGAACACAAGGGAAAACUCGUACAACGCCCUAGUCACUCUGACUUACCCCCAAGGCCUGUCUUACAGGAGGUUUUCAAGUCGGAUGGGCAGAAUCCAAUGUAACUCGCUGGAUGGUGAAGAUGGGAUAUCCAGAGGAAAGACCGAGUGCACUGUUGACAAGCCCAUUUUCAAGACAAACACAAUGGCGAUAUUCAUCGUUUCCUAUGGGAUUGAACCCAACAGCCAUUUUGACAGAAGCAUUCUUAUCACAGCAAAUGCCACGAGCGGAAAUAAACAACACUCACCAACAAGUGAGCUUUUCAAAACAAACACUAUUGAUGUGAAGUAUGGCAUCUUCAUGACACUUCAAAGCUCACUCAGCUACACCAAUUUCAGCUUUGUAGAAAGGGAUUCGGAGAAACCCAUCAAACAAUCCAUUACGGUGAGCAAUGACAUCAGAGCCCUGAAUUUCACCGUGGCGAUCAGGGUGCCGGUGAAGCUUGGCGAAAAAGACAUCUGGGCUGAUUCUGAUAGUCUGCAGAUUCCCGGUUGCCAAACGCACGGUGAUGAAAGACCAACCGUGACUGAAUUUGUUGCUGAGAUACAGAAAACUAAAGUUGUGGUAGGUCUAACAGCAUCGGCCACACGCAUGUAUAUGUAUAUGCCUGUAUUACUAGUUGCUAUCACGCAGGACUGUUCAGUAGCAACGUGCAGAGUGUUCAAGUGCGCACGGUUCAUGGGACGACUGGAGACCAGGCAGUACGAAAUCUCCGCCAACGUCAGCUCACGAUGGAUAGAGCAGAUUGAACUCAAUGCUGCCAAGUUUGUUUUGACCAGCACUGCCAGUCUGGAGUACGACACCGACCAGUACAUCUUCUUUUCCACCACUUCAAACAAUCAACCUCCAGUGCGCAAGAUUGAGGCAGAGGUGGAUGUGUACCCUGAGCCGGACUACACCAAAGAGAUAGCUGGAGGAUCUGUGGGGGGCUUGGUUUUCCUGGCCGUACUCACAGCGGCUCUGUAUAAGGCCGGAUUUUUCAAGAGCAAGUACCAGCAAAUGAUAAAUCAGAACACAGAGACGACGGAGCUUGCUGGGGCAGAUGCUGAAACACCCGUCUCUGAGCCUGAAACCAGCUGAUUGUCUGGCUUGCUUCUUAUCCGCAGUGUUGUUUUAGUACUUAUCGACAUCUUUAGAUGAGCGUUUGAGUGUUAUAGCAAGCACAGUUCUUAUUUAGUUUGGUUUGAUCUCUAAUCUUUUAUUGCUGCUUCGAUUGGCUCAGUUUGAUGUCAUUCUUCAUAAGUUGUGAUUAUUGCGCUAACUAGACAUCAUCUUUUACUUUGGCUUUCAUUACAAGCUGAAAUGCAAUUGUUUCCAUGAUUUAUUAGAUUAGAGUCGACUGCCAUGGUGCUUCCCACACUGCGGUUUGUUGAGCAUAAACUGUCCAAUGCAUUUGCAGGUUACUUCGAGUGAAUAAACAUAUCCUGUCGACUGAGUUUUAUGACUAACAGGCAUGUCGAUGAUGAGUUUAUCCAUGAGCCUAACAUGCUGUGGUAGUCAUGUGCUCUGAACAGAUUUAACUGCACUGUUUGAUGCACUUCAUUCACUGUCUAGAGCUGAGCCCCUGACUGCACCUGGGAAAUGUAUAGAGGUGCCAAGGUUUGGAGACACACCUAUUCAAAUCACACACAGCGCGUUUCACGACUUGAAGCAACUUGUAAAGAGCUUUUAUGGUUUCGGUACGUGAAGUCAAGCCAAGAAUCCCUCCCAUCUAAAUGACACAAGCAUUUAGGACCUCAGAAAGCACGUCUGAACAACAGGUUUCUGUUAUAAUAAUACAUCAGAUCUACUCCAGCAGCUCUUAAACAGCUGGUGUCUUUCGCUCUUAUAAAGUCUCCCCCUCACAACAAUCGCUGCAGGAAAACAGACGCUUCCACUUGCAUUAAAUAGUCUGAUAUGCAGCAUGAAUCUUCUUCAUCUACAUCUUCAU